GAAGUAAGGAUUUAAAAUAAGUUGUUUUUUUGUAUAGUGAUGGAAUUAUGUGAGAUGAAUUUAUAAUUGAUGUUAUAAUAAGAGAUAUUAACAGAAUAAAGAACAAUAGAGAUAUUUAAAUAGAUAGUAGAUGGAUUAGAAGUUUUACAUGCAGAAUAAAUUAGUCAUAGAGAUUUGAAGUUGGAAAACAUAAUUAUAAAACGAGGUACUUGUAAAAUUUGUGAUUUUGGUUCAGCCUCAAAUGAAAUAAUUGAUAUUAGUCAAUUAAAUUAAGAUUAAUAGAAUCAGAUGGACGAAUUAUUUAAUAAAAUAACUACAAUAACUUACAGGCCUCCAGAAAUGAUCGAUGUUUUUAGAUAACAAAUAGUUGAUACCAAAGUUGAUAUAUGGCAAUUAGGAUGCAUCUUAUACAGUUUAUGUUUUAGGAAGUCUCCUUUCUAAGAUAUUAAUAAACUCUUUAUUGUAGAAGCUAUUUUUGAAUUUCCGGAAUCUUAACUUUCUGAGAACACUUUAAUACUUAUUUAGAAAAUGUUACAACAGGAUCCAAGAAAGAGACCGAAUUUAAAGGAAAUAAAAUUAUUACUUUAUGGUGGAUGAUUAUGAG